AAUCAUGUGUUUUUCUUUGAUGAAUUGAAACGUUUUGUUUUCGUUUUAAUUUUGUUAAUUUUCUAAAAUUUUCUACUAAUUGUGUUUGUCUAAUUAAUCGAUCAACUGUCUAACAAUGGGUAUUUUAGAAAGAAUUUCUGAAAUCGAAAAGGAAAUCGCUCGAACACAAAAGAAUAAAGCUACUGAAUAUCAUUUGGGUCUUCUCAAAGCUAAAUUAGCCAAGUAUCGAUCUCAACUAUUGGAGCCAACAGGUAAAGGUGCAGCUAAAGGUGAUGGAUUUGAUGUUAUGAAAUCAGGAGAUGCUCGUGUAGCAUUAAUUGGGUUCCCGUCAGUUGGAAAGUCAACAUUGUUAAACACUGUAACUGAAACUAAAAGUGAAUGUGCUGCUUAUGAGUUUACAACUCUAACAUGUAUUCCCGGUGUAAUUCAAUACAAUGGUGCUAAUAUUCAACUUCUAGAUUUACCUGGAAUCAUUGAAGGAGCUGCUCAAGGAAAGGGAAGAGGUAGACAAGUUAUCGCUGUCGCUAGAACUGCUGAUUUGGUUAUCAUUAUGUUGGAUGCUACAAAGAGUGAAAUCCAACGACAAUUACUUGAGAAAGAAUUGGAAUCAGUUGGAAUUAGGCUUAACAGGAGACGACCAAAUAUUUACUUUAAGGAAAAAAAAUCUGGUGGAAUUUCAUUCAACGCAACAUGUAAUCUGACGAAACUUGACGAAAAAUUGGUUUACGGAAUUUUACAUGAAUACAAAAUGUUCCAUGCUGAAGUUCUGCUUCGUGAAGACUCCUCAACGGACGAUCUAAUCGAUGUUAUCAGUAAAAAUAGAGUUUAUCUUCCAUGUUUAUAUGUGUACAACAAAAUCGAUCAAAUUUCCAUUGAAGAAGUGGACAAAUUGGCCCAUCGACCCUUCAGUGUAGUUGUUAGUUGCAAUAUGAAACUUAAUUUAGAUUAUUUCCUCGAAAGGCUUUGGCUUCAUCUCGCCCUGAUUCGAGUUUACACCAAAAAACCUGGAAAUGCACCCGAUUUUAAUGAUGCACUAAUCUUAAGAAGAGGAGCUUCAAUUGAGCACGUUUGUCAUGCUAUUCAUCGUUCGAUAGCCGAAAGUUUCAGAUAUGCUCUUGUAUGGGGAACAAGCACAAAAUACAGUCCGCAAAGAGUUGGUCUCUCCCAUAUUGUUCACCAUGAAGAUGUUGUUCAAGUUAUUAAGAAAGUUUGAAAGUUUUCCCAUUAAAUUGACAUCUAAAAACUUUUGGAAUACUGUCAAAUAAUUUAUUAAAUCAUUUUGAAUAUUA